GAACUUUUUGCUUUGGUCCGCAUAGUUGAGGGGAAGAUUUUCCUAAUGCACCAGCUUGUCGUGUCAUCGAUAUAAACAAUGUCGGUUGUUGUGGAGAGUUAAAAAUCCAUAAGAAGAAACAUCACAUACAAUGCCCCCAAUCCACCAAUCUAGGAGCCGUAGCCCAGAUCCUGAAACCAGACCUAAAAGAAGAAGACACAGUAGUUCUAGUAGCAACAGUAGUGAUAGACGGUCAUCAAGUCCUUCAGUGAAGCCUAGUAAACAUAGUUCUGGAUGGACUCGGUCCCGGUCCCGGUCCCGGUCUCGGUCCCGGUCCCGUUCCAGAGAGAGAAAUGGGUUUAAACAUAACAAUGGAAAUCACCACAGUCCCUCCAGAUCAAGAGACAGGGAUUUUAGAUCCAGCCAACGAGAUGUGACGAACUAUGGAAAUCAUGAUAAAUCACGUUUUGAACAUUACGAUAAAAGAGAGGAAAUUAUUCGUCAGAGGCAAGAAGCCUUCAUAUCCAGGCGAUUGCAAGAACGUGAACGAAUUGCAGAACUGGGAGCCCCUGAAGUCUGGGGACAGUCCCCAAAAGUUCCAGAACCAGAUUCAGAUGAGCAUACUCCAGCAGAAGAUGACUUUAAAAACCAAAGUAGUUCAAACUCCGAUUCUGAAGAGGAAAGCAAAAAGAAGAAAAAGAAAAAAAGAAAGUCCAAAAAAGGGAAAAAAAAGAAGCAAAGAAAACACAAUGAUGAUAGUGCUAGUGACUCUGAGAAUAGCUCUGAAGUGGAAGAUGACAGAAAAAAAAAGAAGAAAAGAAAAAGCAAGCAUAAAAAAAAAAAGUCAAAGAAGCGAAAAACUAAAAAGAAUAAAAAAGAAUCCAGCAGCUCCAGUAGUGAACAAUCGGAAGAGGAGGAAGAUGAUCCCAGAAAUGAGAUUUGGGUUGAGAGAUCUAAUAACCAUGAGGAGAACUUUGUUGGUCCUGAUGCUCCAAUUACACACAUGUCACAGGAUGACAAACCUUUGAAUUAUGGCCAUGCCCUGCUCCCAGGUGAAGGAGCAGCUAUGGCUGAAUAUGUUAAAGCAGGAAAGCGUAUUCCUAGAAGAGGUGAAAUUGGUCUGACAAGUGAAGAGAUUGCAUCGUUUGAGCAUGCUGGUUAUGUAAUGAGUGGGAGCAGGCAUCGCCGUAUGGAAGCUGUGCGUUUGAGAAAGGAAAACCAGAUCUACAGUGCUGAUGAGAAGAGAGCUUUGGCAUCAUUUAAUCAAGAAGAACGAAGAAAAAGAGAGAAUAAAAUUCUUUCUAGCUUCAGAGAAAUGGUGUAUAGGAAAACAAAAGCCAAAGAUGAUAAAUGAAACUUUUUCCACUGUGCUAACAUUUUGCUGGUAAUAUAAGUAAUUACUUACAGCAACACUUUUUUUAUAUUAAUAUUAAAAGAAAUGAUAAGGUGCACGCUCUAAGGGUAAACUGAUGACAGCUUUGAUGUGUUUUCCAUGUAAAGUUGCCUUUUCCAUUUUUUAGUAAGUUUUUUCUGGUUUGUAUAAAUUACCUUGGUGUCUAUUGGGUAAAUGAGAGUUCAACAUUCUAAUUUUUAAAUUUGAAUUUGUAUGAUAUAAUGUCAGAAAAGGUCUGUUUUUCCUCAUUGUAUGCCUACUAUCACUUAGUUUAUUCAAAAGCCUGUUUUUCCCAAAGCUGUUUACAUACUUGCGUACAUUUAGGAUAUCCAGAAAAGAUCUUGUAAAUACAUUUUGUGUUGUAUUGUUUUUGAAUGCACAUGGUUUAUUAGAAAAUGCAUAUUUAUUUACUGUAAGAUGAUAGUUAUUUUUACUGAAAAAUGUAUACAGUUAAUAAUUGAAUUAGCAGAGGUUUGUAUUGUGUGUUCUAAAUUAACAGUGCAAAAUUGAAACUAUUGAUGGACCAUGUAAGAGUUAGAUCAUUUUUACUUCAUGACAGUAUAAGAAGAGCAGAUGAUUUGAAUUGUGUUUUUUUUUUUGAAAAUUUU